AUGCGCCAUGUUUGGACACCUUUAGCAGCAAUACGUCUUUGGAAAUCCCGUUUGAGCAGAAAGAUAUCUGGAUCUCUGAGUUGCUCCAUAUGCCGUCUAGGCAUAGCUUCGGGUGUGGUGAUGGUCGUGUUUGCCAUCGUUCCCGCUGGCUUUUAUUUCGGCUAUCUAUUUCGGUACAUCUAUCUUGACGUCGGGAAACACGGUUGA